AGGCUGCGAGGCUCUGAAGAUAUAAUAAUAAUAUAGCACAUGCUUCGUUUUAAAUCGGUUAAGUAACUUGACGACGCUCCCUAACUACUACUUACAUCGCGAACUUUGCCCUUCGCAUGCUCACUGGCUGCCAUACAUUAGCAUGCAGUGCGUAAUAACAGGAGGACUGUGCACACUCAAAAGGAGCCACAUUAUCAGGGAAGUGCUCGUGGCUUGUAGAAACAUGUCGUCGUGUCCAGCUAAACGGCCUGUUUCCCUACUGGGGACGAUGGCUUUCGGAGGGCGAGCCGACGCCCAGCAGAGCCUGGAGAUGGUGAAGACUUUUCUGGGCAGGGGGCACAACAGAGUGGACACAGCCUUCAUGUACAUGGAUGGGAAGUCAGAGACGAUCAUUGGGGGCAUGAAUCUUCCUAAAACAGUAAGUAUAGCUACCAAGGCUAACCCCUGGGAUGGAAAGACACUGAAGCCAGAGAGUGUACGCUCCCAGAUGGAAACCUCCCUUCAGAGGCUGCAGACUGACUGUGUGGAUCUUUUCUACCUCCAUGCCCCUGACCACCAAAACCCAAUUGAGGACACUCUUAGAGCCUGCAAUGAACUCCACAAGGAGGGAAAAUUCAAAGAGUUUGGUCUUUCAAACUAUGCAUCAUGGGAAGUUGCUGAAAUCAUGUGCAUCUGCAGACACAACAACUGGAUUGUUCCCACUGUGUAUCAGGGAAUGUACAAUGCCACGACAAGACGGGUUGAGACGGAGUUGCUGCCAUGUCUGAGAAACUACGGAAUUAAGUUCUACGCAUACAAUCCUCUUGCAGGUGGCCUUCUGACAGGAAAGUACCAUUUUGAAGACAAAGAUGGCUCUCAGCCUACUGGACGCUUCUUUGGUAACAACUGGGCUAAAGCAUACCAGGACAGAUACUGGAAGUUGAGUCAUUUCCAGGCGAUAGAUUUGGUUCUAAAUGCCCUGGAGACAGCAUACGGCUCAAAUAAACCCUCCAUGACGUCUGCUGCGAUACGCUGGAUGUACCACCACUCUCAGCUAAAGGGCAAUCUUGGUGAUGGAGUCAUCAUUGGCAUGUCAAGUAUGGAGCAACUUCAGCAAAACUUGGCUGCUGCAGACGAGGAUCCUCUGGAUGAUCGAGUUGUCGCCGCCUUCAAUGAGGCCUGGAAUCUCGUUGCCCAUGACUGUCCAAACUACUUCCGCUAAAAAAAAAUGCAAUCUACUCAAACAAUAAUUGACAAAUACAAUGACAUUAUUAAACAGAUCAAUCUGUGACCAAUAAGUAUUAAAGCCUAAAGCACUUAAUUGUUGAUGUAUAAAUGUAAAAAAAUAAGAUUUCUUUCUUCUGGAGUUUUUUUUUAUUAUUAAACUUACAUUGAAAGAUAUUGUAUUUUUACAAAUCAAACUGUUAUUCCUACACACACGUGUAUAAAAUGAUUUUACAAGGCU